GGGCUGUGUUCAUCCCUCUCGUUCUAUGUGCUGUCUUCGGUGACGCGACGGAGGUGUAGCCUGACGCGGUCUCUUACGUGUCGGUCUAAAUAAAAGUGGAGCUCCGGAGGCCUGGGAGUGACGAGGCGAGUCUGUGUCGGGUUAUCUAAAUGAAGAUGGAGGCAGGAGCAGAUAUCCAGCAGGGCGGUGAUACUGCAGUCUCAGAGACAGACACUCAGCAGAUUGCUACUUUAGCACAGGUUUCCAUGGCAGCAGGACAGGCUUCAGCCACUGGGCCCACAGUAACCUUAGUGCAGCUGCCUAAUGGGCAAACUGUGCAAGUUCAUGGGGUCAUCCAAGCAGCCCAGCCCUCAGUCAUACAAUCUCCACAGGUGCAAACUGUACAAAUUUCUACCAUUGCUGAAAGUGAUGAUUCACAAGAGUCAGUGGACAGUGUGACCGAUUCCCAGAAAAGAAGAGAGAUCCUGUCCAGACGGCCUUCAUACAGAAAGAUCCUGAAUGACCUGUCAUCAGAUGCCCCAGCAGUGCCACGAAUAGAAGAGGAGAAAUCAGAAGAGGAUUCCACCCCAGCCAUCACAACAGUUACUGUGCCAACGCCUAUCUACCAAACAAGUAGUGGGCAGUACAUUGCUAUCACUCAGGGUGGGGCAAUCCAGAUAGCCAAUAAUGGAACAGAUGGUGUUCAAGGGCUGCAAACCCUGACCAUGACCAAUGCAGCAGGCGCUCAGCCCGGCACCACCAUCCUGCAGUAUGCACAAACCAGUGAUGGCCAGCAGAUACUUGUGCCCAGCAAUCAAGUAGUUGUGCAAGCGGCCUCAGGAGACGUGCAAGCGUAUCAAAUCCGCACCACUGCUACCAACGCAAUUGCACCAGGAGUGGUCAUGACCUCCUCUCCUGCUCUGCCUAGUCAGGGAGGAACAGAGGAAGUCACACGUAAAAGGGAGGUUCGGCUUAUGAAGAACAGGGAGGCAGCUCGGGAGUGCCGCAGGAAAAAGAAGGAAUACGUUAAGUGUCUGGAAAACAGAGUGGCUGUGUUGGAGAAUCAGAACAAAACACUCAUCGAGGAGCUUAAAGCACUUAAGGACCUUUACUGUCACAAAUCUGAAUAAUUACACUCGCACUCACAUAUGUGCUGAACAGAUUUCUUGUGGUGCCUCAAGAGAUAGAGACUCUGAACAUAACACAGGCACCUGCACAGCAUCUAUAUUUCUCUCUUUCAUUUCUUUUUUUAUAUAUAUAUUAUCGUCUGAAACAAAUCAGUUAUCAUCAGGAAUACAUUGUAAGUUUGUAAGUGUAAACUUUUUAUUUUCCACUUUCUCUUUAAGAGGAAGAGAGUUGGUUUCUCUAAUUUAAGAGAAGAUGAUUUGCAAGGUACAGUUUGGCUAUCAAGAAGUUGCCCUACUUAAGGAGCAUUCUGAACCAUAUAAGAGCACCUUUCAGCUGGAGCCGUGAGAGGGAAUUAAUGUUUGUGUGGGUUUUUAUGAUGGAAACAGCUCAGGUUGCUUCUUAGACCUGCUCCUGUCAUUCUGAGGCUUUGAAAGACUUUCCUGCACUGCACCAGUUUCGGUGUUGCCUGCAAGCAUGAUUAAAGAGUGAUGGAUUUUUCACUUUUGCAGCAUGGAUCUUUAAUGAUUAAGAUCAAAUCAACAGUGCCCACUCCUGCUAUUGUUAUUAAUACAUAUACUCAUUUAUUUUGUUCUAAUGAAAACAUUCAGAUAAAUAUAUAUAUGCACCAUUGUCUACUAUUUCUUUCCCUUUAUGUAAUUUUAAGCAGUGUUGCUUUUGUUACAAAAUUAAGUGCUAUAUGGAGAAACUCGGUCACCUUUGUCAACCAAGAAUAGAAGGUGGAUCCUUUAAAAAUAUUGAAUGAUGUUUGGAAAAGUUUUAAAGCAAUUAAAUAUAUCAAAUAUGUGAUUUUCAGUGAGCAUUGGUAGCCCAUAAUAAGAAAUUCAUUUUUAAACUUUUAAGUGUGCUUAUAUUGUAAUAUAUUUCUUCAUAUAUGCCAGACAUUACUGGUCUUUCUGGUGCCAUCUACAUUGAUCAGAGACAAGUUGUGUUGAUUGUCAUCUCUGAUCACUGUAAAAGGUUGUUUUUUGUUUGUUUUUUGUUUUUGCCUGAGCUCUUCUGUUCCACAUUGCUAUGAUGGAAAUGCUGUUGUUAUCCUUUUCUGUCCUUUGCCAUAACAUGUAGCUUUCCAUGACAUACAUGUUAUUUUUAAAUCUUUUUUUUUUUUUUUUUGUAAAAAAAUUUGUGAAUUUUUAUUAUAUAUUGUGUUUUUAAGACAAGUCGCUUAUGUGUAACCAAAAUCAGUUAAAAAGCAGUCUGGAAUAGUCUUUCAUCAGCAAUUAUAUAUUUGGCAGCGGUUCAUAAUAUAAUGUGUUGGGCUAGUUUUUAUUUACUAUAGAGUUUAUCUGUAAAAUAAUGUAUGAAAUAUCAGAUUUAAUCUUUGCUUCAAACCUGCACAGUUUGGUUCCAACUCCGUUCACAACUGCCUGCGGUUUUUUGCUUUUCUUUUUUUUUUUUUCACAAAUUCAUUGGAAAGUUCAUAGGAAUGAACUUUUUCAUACAAAGGUUGUAUGUAAAAUGGCCUGCUUUGUGCCUGACAGGCUCAAUAAGAUUAGGAACAACCAUGUUCUAAGACACAUAGUGAAAAACUUUCAGCAACAAUGGGCAUAGUAAGGUGGAUCUCCAGAUAGAGAAUUUAGCAACCUUGCUUCAAACAUUAUUAGCAGCUAUGGGCGGAGCUAAAUUUAGAAUAGCAGUUUACCCAGACUGAUUGGACAGAAUUCGGCAUCAGUAGGUCGAAAGUUCUGCUGCUGAAAUCAGCCUGUGCUUGUCGAUAGUCAAAUCUCUGCCCUUUCCUGUGAUCGAAGCUGAAAGUGUUGUAUAAAGCAAGUUGUUUUUAGUUAUAAAUUAUGUAAUAGUCAACAAGAAUGCAUAUUUCUCUAACUUUAGGGUUUGAGUUAGGACUCAAACCCUAAACCUAUUUUUUUACUUGUCAGUGGAAUAAAAAUAUAAUUUCAGCGCAACCUUCAAAUUGUGCUCGCGAUUGUUUAUGUGGAUGCGAUUACUUUCUGGUUUCUACGGGACCAGAUCCUGCAUCUCAGAGGUUGCUCAUGCAACAUGCUAGCAUAGCUAGAGGGAAAUACAUUCACACUUGAAUUGAUGCAAAAAUGUCUGAUAUGGGAUGGCGCUUGUCAGUCAUUCGGCUAAAUGGCAUUGAUUUUAUGCAGGUUACUUGUUUGAUAAAGGUGGUCACUACUUCAGCCAUUUAUUCUAGUGUUGUCUACGAGUUGAGUAAAAUAAAAAAACUAA